AUAAAUAAUGUUAUCAUAAAAUUAAACAUUGUCCUAUAAUUUUUAAAUUUCAAAUUAAAAUAUAUUUUAAUCCAUCACAUUCAUUUUGUUAAAUCGUUUAAAUAUAGAUUAAUAAACGUAAAAAUAUAGCUUAUUAAGUAAUUUGAAAAUUAUUUCUACAUAAACAAUCAAUUUGUUCAGAAUGGCUUCUGGUAGUGAUCAUCGUCGAAAAUGGGACAGAGAAGAAUACGAAAAAAUGGCCCGAAAAAGGCUUAUGGAUGAUUUAGAAGACGAUUCCAAGGAUAUUUCACCUAUUAAAAGGGAAAUGUUGAAACAACGAGAUUAUCGUGUGGAUUUAGAUUCUAAACUAGGAAAAAGUGUGGUAAUUACUAAAGCUACACCUUCAUCACAAAGUGGAGGGUAUUACUGUAAUGUCUGUGAUUGUGUUGUAAAAGAUUCAAUUAAUUUUUUGGAUCACAUUAAUGGGAAAAAACAUCAAAGAAAUUUAGGAAUGUCAAUGAAAAUAGAAAGGUCAUCUUUGGACCAAGUAAAGAAACGUUUUGAAAUAAAUAAAAAAAAAAUGGAAGAAAAAAAAAAAGAUUAUGAUUUGGAACAACGUCUAAGAGAGUUAAAAGAAGAAGAAGAAAAAUUAAAGGAAUAUAGGAAAGAAAAGAAAAAGGAGAAAAAACGGAAACAUGAUGAACUUGAUGAAGACCCCCAUAAUGAUGAAAUGGCAGCUUUAAUGGGAUUUUCAGGUUUUGGUUCAUCAAAAAAAUGAAAAAAUUAAAAAAAAUAUUAAUCACAUUUAUUAAAAAUAAUGAUACAUAAAAUAUAGACAAUGCAUAAAAAAUGUGUAAAGUAUAUGUUAAUUAAUUAAAAAUCCAGUUAAAUAACUUA